AUGCUGCCAUCCGGCUUCUUCCCUGCCUGCAGGGACGUGAAACACCCUGGGGUCCCAGCGGUGUUCGUCCCUCACAGGGCUGUAACGAGGCCGCUGGAUAAUGGAUACGGGCGCUGCAUCCUUCAACCCCUGCUAAGCCAAGCCAAAAAUGGCCCUGUUGUUCGCAGGGCAGCCUCUCCCCCUGCCCCGCUGCGCCCAGCAAGUUGUGUUUUGUCCUUCCUUCUGCAGAUCUUCUCCAUCGUGGUGUUUGGCUCCAUCGUGAACGAGUGCUAUGUGAACACGGACAGCCAGAACCCUCAGCUGCUCUGCAUCUUCAACAAGAAUGAGAGUGCCUGCAGCUACGGCAUCGCCGUUGGCAUCAUUGCCUUCUUCGGCUGUAUCUUCUUCUUUGUCGUGGACCUCUACUUCCAGCAGAUCAGCAGCGUGAAGGACCGCAAACGGGCCGUCCUGCUGGACCUCGGCUUUUCAGGUUUCUUGUCCUUCCUAUGGUUUGUAGCCUUCUGCUUCCUAGCAAACCAGUGGCAACAGACGACGAUGAGCAAAGGGGUUUCGCAAGGAGCAGACGCCGCCCGGGCAGCAAUCACCUUCUCCUUCUUCUCCAUCAUCGUCUGGGUUGCGCUGGCGGUGAAGGCGCUGCAGAGAUACCGCCUGGGGACGGACAUGUCGCUCUUUGCCACCGAUCAGUUCGCCACCGACCCCAACGCGGCGUACCCCGGCUACCCCACCGGCAGCGGCAUCGAGAGCACAGAGACCUACCAGAGCCCCCCCUUCACCGAGACCUUAGACGCCAACCCGAAAGGUUACCAAGUGCCAGCGUACUGA